AUGGCGCUCGAGCGGAAUCCCUCCGAAACCUCCCCGCUACUGGUGCCCGGUAGCCGCGAUGCAACUACCGGAGCAAUUGACAUCCCCCACGAGGAACGGGCGGAAUUAAGUGAAGAGGAUGAUGACUUGGCCAAGGAGCCAUUUCAAGAUGCGAAUAAUCAACUCAAAUAUCUUGUUCCGGCGGUUUCAUUAGGCAUUUUUAUGUCGGCUGCAGAUCAAACUAUUAUUAUGGCCAGUUAUGGUCAAAUCGGUAGUGAUUUGAAAGCUCUGAAUUUGACCAGUUGGAUUGCUACUUCGUACUUCCUGACUCUAACCUCUUUUCAACCGCUCUUUGGCAAAUUAAGCGAUAUCUUUGGCCGGAAGGGAUGUCUCCUUACUGCCUAUGUCAUAUUCGGAAUGGGAAAUCUAGGCUGUGGACUCGCACGCAAUAUCAAUGAACUGAUUGCGGCACGCGUGAUCCAAGGUAUUGGAGGUGGUGGUAUGACCACUGUUGUCAGUAUUUUGAUGAGUGACCUUGUCCCCUUACGUGAUCGAGGUCUUUGGCAAGGGAUUCUCAAUCUUGCCUACGCUACUGGAUCGAGUGCUGGCGCACCUCUAGGCGGGAUCCUCGCAGACUAUAUCGGCUGGCGUUGGGCUUUCUUAUCACAGUUCCCCCUCUGCAUAAUGGCGAUUAUUGCUGUAUCUCUCGUGCUCAAGCUUCCAGCCCGCGAAAACACACACUGGAAGACAAAGCUUAAGCGUGUUGAUUUCCUUGGCGCCGUUGUCCUCGUCGGCGCCGUCCUAGGUUUCUUGAUAGGUUUGGAUCGAGGCAGCAAUGUUUCAUGGACGAUGCCAUUAACAAUCAUUUCGCUGAGCGUGUCGGCCUUCCUUUUCAUUGUCUUCAUCCUGGUGGAACGCCAUUUGGCAGUCGAGCCUUUUGCACCGAGCCACAUCAUCUUCAACCGCACCUUUUUCUCUCUCUAUUGCUGUAACUUCUUCAGCUUUGGGGGAUGGCUUGCUGCCCUUUUCUAUAUUCCACUCUAUUUCCAAGCCGUUGAUGGCGUAUCGGCCACCGUUGCUGGAGUGCGAUUAUUGCCCAGUAUUGUUUCUGGUGCUACAGGAUCAAUUCUCGCUGGUCUUAUUAUGCGAUGGACCGGGAAAUAUUAUUGGCUCACUCUUGCGGCAUAUGCAUGCUUGACCUCUGGCUGCACCUUGAUUUACCUUUCUUCAGGUGGUAUCAUGACAAGCACUGUGUGCAUGAUCAUUGGAAUGGUCAUGUCGUCAUUCGGUAAUGGAAUAGGAGUUACGACGACUUUGAUUGGAUUGAUAUCGAACUCCAGUGUUGAAGACCAGGCAGUAGUCACCGCCUGCUCAUACCUGUUCCGAUCCUUGGGAUCCGUAAUUGGAGUUUCAUUAUCGUCCAGUGUGGUCCAACAGCUUCUGCGGGAGCGGCUUCGUUCCGAUCUGCAUGACAGCAAAAACAUUGACGAAAUUGUUAACGGAGUACGAGAGAGUCUUAACUAUAUCAAGCGAUUGGACCCCGAUAUUGCCAAGAUCGUCCGCAACUGCUAUGCCUGGUCGACUAACAAGGGCUUUGGCCUUCUGGCUAUAGUGGUGUUCUUUGCCUUUUUCAGCGCCUGCUUCAUACAUGAGGCUAAACUGAAACGGUGA